GUCACGCCGAGGCAUUCGGAACGAGGCGGAAGUCUCCCAGGCGAUACGAGGAAGGGCUGCGCGAGCGCGGUGGCGCGAGCGCCAUGAGCGGGGGCGGCCUCGCAUCUCCCGGCUGGAGCGGGGUGGCCCCGCUGCCCGGCGACAGGAAGCGGGAGCCGCUGGCGGCCGGGGCCCCGCUCCACCCCAUUAUAAAGGAUGUUGGGGAAAUUCAUUCAAGACUACUGGAUCACAGACCAGUAAUUCAGGGAGAAAUACGUUACUUUGUUAAAGAAUUUGAAGAAAAACGUGGCCUCCGAGAGCUACGAGUGCUUGAAAAUCUGAAGAACACUAUCUUUGAGACAAAUGAACACAUUCUUCCGAAGUGUGAGCAGGCGAUGCAUGACAAUCUAAAUGAAGCAUUCAAGAGAUUGCGAGCUGCCAACAAUAUGAUCCGUAGACUCCAAGAGAAGGAGCAUGAAGAAAGGAAGCUUCAGACUGACAAGCUAAUUGCUGGUGAAGAGAAACGCAUAGUGCACUGGGAGACAUUCAUGAAAGAACAACAGAACAAACGAGCAGAGGUGGACGAAGAGCACAGAAAAGCCAUGCAGCGCCUCAAAGAGCAGUAUGCUGACAUGGAGAAGGAAAUGGCCAAAUACGUUUCUUUCUAAGACUUUUCUUUUUUAGUAAUUCUGUUUAUGUGCCAACACCCAGUUGCUUCAGACUUAUCAAAUUGAGAUUCUUUUGCAAAGCUGAAAUAAGUAAGAAAAAAAGAGAAUUUCCUCUACAAGUUUGGUAUGGGAAGAAGAGUUUUGCAUACUUUCAGCUUAGGUGCCUCUACAUGCUUGUUCUGUUCGGGGUCAGUGGAGUGCCAGUAUUUCUUAGUUUGUUGGAAGGUGGAACUGGAAACUACAUUGUGCAACUACAUCAGCUCACAGAGUUGCAAACCAGAAUUUCCUGCCUUGUGCAGACAGUAUCGUAUCAUUAGGGAAAAUGAAGCCCAAUGUAAUGUUAAGUAUCCCAGUAUGCAAUCACAGCCCUUUUCCAAAAAGUACAUAUGAUAGGUUCCAGCCAUAGUUAGCUGAGAAUUAACUGGGAAAACUAUAAAUCCCAUUCAUAGAAUUCAGGAAAACCAGCUUGUGUUAGAGAAUACAAUAGGUUUUGAAAAUUCAGUGAUGUAAGAUCUCAGUGUGGUUUUAAAUCCAAUUAAAAUUCCAACUUUGGCAUUUGCUUCUUAAGUAUUAUGAAGUAGAGUUGAGAUUUAAAUGGUUCUUGCUAACAUACUAAUAAAAGUGGCUAGGUGAUCUUGGACGACAAAUCCUUUUCUCUCCCUGUAAGUGUCUCAGACCUCUCUUUUUAAGCAUUACUGUUCUAAGCAAAGCCAAAACAAGUUCAGAGGUAAUCAUGAGAAGCAUAUUGGUCUUCGUAUCACCUUUUAGCUAGUACAGUAUUUAUCUUAAAUAUUUGACAUGGUUUACUGUUGGUUUACUUAACAGAUAAACUUGUCAGAACUAUGUUAAUCUAUAAAACAAUCAAGGAAAGAUUUUUGUUUCUUUAUCGGUGUAACAAAUGAGCAGAUUAAUGGUAAAACAUCUGUAGUACCAAUCUGUUUUCUUACUAACUGUUAUGGAGUAUGUGAAGCUCCUGUCACUGCUUUCCUUUAUUUAAAACUUGCCUUUAGCAACAAUAUAACUGAAGAAGUUAACUUAAUCAAUUCAUUAACCAAGCAAAAGGAGACAUCAUAACUUAAUGAAAUUUGCUGCAAGUUAACCCGUAGUACAGGAAGUAUCUUUCCAUGUUUUAGCAGCUAUGCAAUAUAGAAUGGAAACAGGUAAAAAUAAACAGAAUUUACCCUCUACCUGUAUUGCAGCAGCAAUGUGCCAACAAUGGUUACUUGUGUAAGCUUAUGGCUUGGUGUCAAGGCUCCAUUCCUGGCAUCAUGUUGAUAGUGUGAUUAAAGUUAGUAGAGGAGAUGGAAUAAGUAUUUGAGAUUUCUUUCAAUAACACUGAAUUCCUGCCAAGCUGCUCUGUCUGCUACUGUAGGCCCGACAGCUUAAUCAAUCAUCAUCAUAUUUCUGGACUGAAAAGAGGACUUGCCGACACUGGGGCAUGCUGGAAUGUUGUUAAUUCUCUGUUGUGGAUGGAAAAAACGUAGAUGUCUCAAAAGUAUCCCACACUUCAAAAAGAGGAAAGCCUCUUUUAGAACAACUGCCAUUUAAAUAGGAGGUGACUUCUGUAAUAUUUUUCAGCUUAUGCACCCUCUGAUGAAUGUUUUAACUACACUCAGACUUUCAUUUAUGAAGAAAUGGUUAGUUCUUGUUUAGAGUUGAAUCUGGAGUAGUUUCUGAUUGUUUUGAGGACAAACUGAAAAUGACUUCUCUCUUACAAAAUGUAUAUCUACUCAAAGCCCAAAUUUUUUUUUAACAAAAUGCAUCUAACUAUAUUCUGAAUGCAUUUUAUUUUUGCACUGAUCAUUUUUAUUAAAAUUUAGAUAUCUCAUUAACUGUGCACUGGAGCUGUGGAAUUUAGUAUUCCUCCAAUUCGAGGGCUAUUAAGCAGUGAUACAAGUCUUGCAAAUUGGAUGUCCACUGGAAAAUAAAGAAUUAUUUCCAAAAACUUCUGGGUCUUGUGCUCCUGAUUCUUUGAAAAGCUUCUAAAUACUAGUGUUGAAAACACAUUCCUCUUUUAGAAUGAUACAGCUAUUUUUAUGCUAAAAAUCACAUUUCUUCAUUGUCAGUCUCUGUUAUUGGCCUACUCUUAUUGAUUGGGGGACUACCUGAAAAAUAUCUAAUCCUAAAUUAAGUGACUUUCACUUUUUUAUGUAUGAUAUGCUGUAAUUUUUGAGGUGCUUUGAAAUACAUAAAUUGCUUUUGGAGAAACUUGCCAACAUUUACAGGAAAGCCUAUUUUUCUGUCAUAGUGCUAAGAAGAAAAAGAAAACAAAACAAAAACCUUGCUACAUCUCAUCUCUUAUGUCAAUACAGAACAUAUCUGACAGAUAAAGAAAGGUACCUAUCUUCAGCAGCUCUUUAGCAAGGUGAAAGUGUGGUCUGGCUUGACACAACAGUGUUCCACAGUGUCUUCGUAAGAUUUGAAUUUUGUUAUCCAGCAAAGAGUCUUUACUAGCUGGGAGAAAUAGAAAAGAACAGUUUCAAAGUUGUUUUAUGGCAUUUGUGCACAGACAUAUUUUAGCUUAUACUUGCAAUGUUUACAUGAUUAAACAUUAUAAUAGCUUUGAAAAUCUUUGAGGAAUUUAAUCCCUGUAAAACUUGAUAAAAGUUUUCAUUGGAUUCUAAUAGGAGCUGGAUUGGGUCUUCAACAUUUAAUUAAAUUUCUGAUGCUGAAGGUUAAUUUUACAAUACUUCCUUGCACCAGAUUAUGCAUAUAACUUUUUGUUUAACACUGUUUAUUACACUGAACUGUAAGUUCAACUGUUGUUAGUAGCUAGAAGUGUGUUUGGAUGUCAUGUAAUCACUGGAAUAGUCAUGUAAUCUUUCUAUUCUAACAUGUACACAGCAAUAAACUGGUGUUUUUUCAUAUGAAAACAGCUGCAGCUGUAUUUAAGAAUAAUAAUCAGCUCAGUAGUUGAAGAAUUACUUACAUUUUUGUCUAUUGCCAUCUUGCUUUAAAAAUCAAAAGACUUCUGCUCAGUUCUCCUUAGGAUGUAUUAUACUUAAGGCCUCACACUUUUUUUAAUCUUGAGAAGGAGAGAGAAAGCUGAUUUAUUUGUUCUUACUCUGCUUUCUAUGGUAAUACUAUGUAAUAUUUAACACUAAGUAAUACUAGAAAAAUUCCAUAAUUACAAACAGAGUAUUGUAUGUUCUCUGUCAUUUUCAUUUAUGGUUUGUAAAGUUUUUCAUCAAAUACUAUGGGGGUUUUUUUCAGUAGACAAAUUAAAUUGCAAAUAAAUGGAACUAUCAUCUGUGA